UGCCCGAGAAGACGAAGACGAAGAAGAGAUUACGGAAGUACGGCGUCCAAACAGAUUCCCGUUGGAAGAGUGUAAUACAGUAGAUCGCCUUCCUUUCAUUAAAUCAAAUUAAAUCUUGGACUAACCCUUCCUCUAUAAGACGAUGGGCACUAGGGAUGACGAAUAUGAUUAUUUGUUCAAAGUGGUCCUUAUUGGUGACUCGGGUGUGGGAAAGAGUAACCUGCUGUCCCGUUUCACCCGCAAUGAGUUCAACCUGGAGAGUAAGAGCACCAUCGGAGUCGAGUUUGCCACGCGCAGCAUCCAGGUGGACGGCAAGACGGUGAAGGCCCAGAUCUGGGAUACGGCUGGCCAGGAGCGCUACCGUGCCAUCACAUCAGCGUACUACCGUGGGGCGGUGGGGGCUCUCCUGGUCUAUGACAUUGCCAAGCAUCUAACUUACGAGAAUGUGGAGCGCUGGCUGAAGGAGCUGAGAGAUCACGCUGACAGCAACAUCGUCAUCAUGCUGGUGGGCAACAAGAGCGACCUGCGUCACCUCCGGGCUGUUCCCACUGACGAGGCACGGGCUUUUGCUGAGAAGAACGGUUUAUCUUUCCUGGAGACGUCGGCCCUCGACUCCACCAACGUUGAGACGGCCUUCCAGACCAUUCUGACAGAGAUCUAUCGUAUCGUGUCCCAGAAGCAGAUGUCGGAGCGCCAGGAGAGCGACAUGUCCCCCAGCAACAACGUGGUCAACAUCCAAGUGCAGCCCACUGAGAACAAACCAAAGAUGCAGUGCUGUCAGAACAUCUAGCCCAGCUGCAGAUCUGCUGCUACCCCUCCUCCCCCUUUCUCCCCCUCUCUCCACAGUCUUCGCCUCCCUCCUCCCUCCCUCCCACCCCUACCCAGCUCACAGCUCCUCAAACCCCGCCCUCAGAAAAUAGACUGCCUCGGUGUACUGUGUGGUGUGGGAGGGACGAGCCACAGCUUCAAGGCUGUGACCCGAACUCUGCACUUAUCUGUACCUGCCUCCCCACCCAAACCCCUCUCCCCCCUCCGCCCCAGGUAAAUAUAUCCCAGUAUAAGAAGUCACCGCGUGGGGUGGCCCCCCAAGCAGAGCCCCAGUGUCGUUAGGCUACUGCAGGACAGCAGGCAGCAGGCAUUUCAUAUCACUUUAGAUUUCAUUACUGUAGAUGCGCUGACAUGUCACAAAAAUGUCUUAAUAUAUGAAUGUGAUUUGUUUUCUUCUCUUUUCUUCAUACUUUGUGCCUCUGUUGAUUUCUCCACAUUUUUUAUGAUCUUUCUCUGUCUUGUAUCAUAUAUCUACUACUAAAGCACAUCAAAGUUGCUCUGAAGUGUAUUCCUAUAUACAAGCUUCUCCUCUGUCAUUUUAGGCUCCCUCCCCCUCUCCUCUUUAGUGCGAUGUACUGUUUUGGAAACCAUGUGGAUGUAUCGAGCGCAGUGUAGACGUGUGCUCCGGUAGUGUCAUGCCAUUUGAUCUGAUUGCUGUGAAUAUGACGCUAGUGAAACGUAGAAACUUUUGCAUUUGCUGAGCUUCAGUCCGCGCAGUGGAAAGGCCGGGUGUGAGCGCGCAUGAGCGCUGUUGUCACCGUGUUUACAGCAGGUGGCAGGAUCGGGCCAGCUUUGCAUGUCUUUAAAAGAUGGCACUCUGCUGUGCUGCAUGUUUUAUCGGGUGAAAGACUCAAACCUGGACUCUAUGUGGAACACUAUCAUUGCCUUGAGGGUGUGUGAUUUUAGGCUGGCACCGUGAAAGCUGAACACAACUCUUGUACAUUUGGAUUUUCAUGUUGUCCCACUCAGCGUGGCAUCAUACAGAGAAAGUCAUGCUUAUUUUCUGACUGAAGACACAUUAGUCCAUCGGGCUUUCCUGCUCCAACACUAGGAGAACAGUAUGCAUUCAUUUUUGACAUAUUUGACUACAACUAUGCAGAAACUAGCACGCGGCUGUUUGGAUUUUUGUUUUCCUUAGUGCAUUUCUACGCAAAUGAAGGAAUUAAAAAAAACAGCAAAAGUAUGAGUAAUUGAAGUAGUAUUCUCGUAUGACAUUCUUAUGAUACUCUAUAAUAUUAUAAUCAAAACUCUCCUGUUGUCUAGCUAAUUAUGCUUUGCAUGUAACCACAGAACUGUAGUUAGGACGCACUGAGAAAGUAAGUGAUGGAAAAUGUCUUUCACCCACUAGGUUGGAUUUCAUGAGCAUGCACAAGCUCUUGCACUGAACCUUAAUAGUUGAUCUAGUAAACAUGCUUUCUUGUCUAGGAUUAGAUUUUUACUGCACAUUGAGAAUCUGGACCUCUUUUGUCAGAUUGGAUGUACUGUUUUUAAGACGAUGCCACUUUUCAAAAACCAAAAUGUAAUGUUUAGCACUGCAGAACACAGGCUGAGUCUCCAAAGUCUUUCCUUAAAUCCUCAUUCCUCUAACGGACAGAAAAGGUCUCACAAUAUGUGAAGUUUCUCCUCUGGUGAGCUUUAAAAUCUGAACACAAGGAAUCACGGAAAAACUUUAGGGAUUCAGCCUCAUUCUUGCUAACUUCUGGUCACAGUGCCUCCUUCACCAAUGCGUACCUGUCCGAAAACACUUCUCGUUCACCUGCCAACAACUUACCAUCAUACCCGCCUCCUCCUUAACCAAUAACCUUGCUUUGUCUGUCCCUCAAGGAGACGGACAGCUGUGUUGUCCCCGUCACAUAAAGCCUACGUACACCGAGCUGCCUCUGACUUCAACACAAUGCAUGGCUUUCUGUACGACUGCACCUCCAUGUCGUAUCGCCUUAUGUAGCUAACAUUGCCAUUACUGUCCAUGAAAUCUGCUGAGGGUUGGGCUUGGCUAGCUAGGAUGGCAUGCUUAACAAGCUAAUUGUUGUGCCCAGUCCAAUCUGUAAACUGACAAGAUGCCUCGCUAACAACCUACUUGCUAAAAACCCCCGAGUGUGUGUUCUGUUGAAUUUACAGGUUAUAGCCGUGUCAGUGUGUGAUGGUGUUAGCAAACAUAUACAAUACCUGAACUCGGUGUGUGUUUAGAGGCAGAGGGUAGAUCGGUAGCUCUGGAGUGAGUGAGCCUGGCUGGCAGUGCCAAUGGCGUUUUUGUUCGAACAGACGGCGCUGGCAGCCGAGCCUCUCCACACUCACUAGCUUGCAAUCUGUGGACAAAGUGAUUACUUUUUAUCUGAAAAUAUGAUUUCUGAUCCUGUUUCAUGUACCUCCAUUGUUUUGUGUUUUUUUAAGAAGUGUUUUGAUUUUUUUUUUUUAUUUUUUUCUAUAUUGCAUUCUAAAACUGACUGUAAUUCCAGUGUAAACGUGAGUGAAAUGAUGUCAUUUCAUUGAAUUUGGAGGGUUAAAUGUGAGAGGGGGGUCAAAAUGAAUGGUUUUAUGUUUUGUACAGAUUGAUAAAUUGUACAAUUGUGUCUAUAUCUUAAGUUAUCAGUUCAUCUUAAUAAAGCGCACCAGUCAUAAACCUUUA